AAGGGGACGUAUCUAGCAUGUCAGUGGGUCUUCUCAGGGCUCCUACACACUGUUCGUGAUUGUUUGUGAUUGUCGGUUUCGUCUGUGAGGUGACAUCAGAGAGAGAGAGAGAGAGAACGCCCUGUUGUCUCCGGCAGCCAGGGCCAUUCUGGGACUAUAGCAGCUGUGGAUGGGGUUUUGCCUAAUUUUAAUACAUCACUGAUGACAGCACUGGGCCGUGAAGAGGAUUUUCAUGUGUCAGAUCACUGUGAGAGUGCAGAUGACAUGGAGAGAAUGAGGAAGAAUAACAUGGACCCUGCAAGACAGACUCAUCAGGUUCUAGAGAGCACACCUUUGGAUCUGAUUGAAACAGGCAAGUCCCUAAAAGUACAGGCAGAGCGCCCUCACCUGGUUAGUUUGGGAAGUGGACGUUUGAGUACAGCCAUUACUCUGCUCCCACUGCCUCCAGGCAGGACCACGUUGGGCUGCGGGGUCACGGAUAUCCAUUUGCAGGGCCCCGGGAUCACACCUCAGCACUGCUACAUCGAGAACCAGGGAGGCACCAUCACUUUGUACCCAUGCGGACACCAGUGCUCUGUGGAUGGCCUGCCCAUCACCAGCCCCUACCGCCUCACGCAAGGGUGCAUGUUGUGUUUUGGUCAGUCGGCUUUUUUCCGCUUCAACCACCCAGAGGAGGCUUUGAGGAUGAAGAGCAUGCUGCCAGGGAGACAAGUGUUGACCAUGACCAAGACCAGUACUACCGAGUCGCACAGUGUCACAAAUGGAAACCAUCAAAGUUUCAAAAACAACAACUUACAGAUAAACAACCUGUCCAAACCCUUUCCAGACUCUCUAUCACAGGUGGAUAAAACAACCAAACCAUGUGCUCCUCAGGGCUCUAAUAUCUCAUUUCUAAAUGGAAAAAGUGAUACUACAGAAGAGUCAAUCUAUGAAAAUGUUGGCAGCUUUUUGUAUCAGAAUGAAGGGAACAAGACCCCACCAGUGCCCCCUCGCAUGCCCACUUUACACCAGCCACCUGUCCCUCAUCCACGGACCUUCCUCUUAAACACUGGUGUGCAGAGGCCACAGGAUAGCCCAAAGCUUCUGAGGAACACAAGGGAAGAAGUUUCACCAAGUCCAACUGGACCCCAAACACAGACUCUUCAGAAGAGACCCUCCAGCCCCGUCCACACUGCCCCCUCUCAGCACAGACUCAAGGCCCCAGAACCCUCCCUGUCUGCAGGCCGCCCCCCUAUCAGCCCACACACCUCCAGGAGAGGGACCGCCUCACCCCUCUCCACUACUCCAGUACUAGGGAGUCCACAGGGCCAACGCAAACUCACAACGUCUUCUAAAGUAGAAGCCAUUAGGACCCUGCAUGGACAGAGUCAGUCACCUGUCCCAGGGCAGGAUAAAGAGACCGGGACCAGGCAUCUGAGGCAAAGCUCUGCGAGAUCCUCUCCUUUAGCUAGCCCUCAAAACCAAAGGAAAACCUCCACCAUGAAGUUAAGCUGUAACAAGGAAUCAACUUUUACAAAACCAUGUACAAGAGAACGUAAGAACAGCAUCUCUGAAAUCAGUGACAAUGAGGAGGAGCUCCUGGAGUACCACCGGCAUCAGAGAGAGGAGCGACUGCGUGAGCAGGAGAUGGAGAAACUGGAGCGUCAGAGACUGGAUGCCAUCUUAAAUCUGUGUGCGGAGUACAACCAGGAGGACAGCACUCUGGACCUGGACAACAUGGUCAGGACAGGGCUGAUGGGGGGCACCGCAGAAAGGGUCCCACCUGAAGAUGUGGAUGAGAGCAGCCAGAGAGAAGAGUCCAGCAGCACUGAGAGCACACAUCAGGAGUGUGCAGAGCUGUUGGCUGGUCAAGAGAAAAAGUACCUGGAGGAUGAGAGGAGCAGAAUUUUAGCGCGAGUAGAUGAACUGAAACAGAAAGUCAGUGAACUAGAGCUGCAGCUAACAGAGACCAAACAUGAGGUGGAGAUGGAGCAGGCCCUGCUACAGGCCGAGCGGCAGGCAGAGCAGGAGCAGUUGGAGGCUGAGCACAAAGUAAUUGCUCAGCUGCAGCUCAAACUCAGUCAUCUGGACAAGACCACCCAGAACGAGAAGGACAAGGGGAGGGCUAAAGUGUCGGCCGAGCGGAAGGCCCUGGAAAAGCAGAGGAAUGAGUACAAUGAGCUGAAGAGGCAAAUUGAUAAGUGCCCCCUGCCUCUAAAGGGGCAGAUACAGGAGCAGCUCAGCAGGAAAGCAGAGGCAUUGGACUGUGGGACCAAACAGUUUGAGGAGCUGGAGUUCUGUCAGCUGGAGCAGGAGAGCAGUCUGGAUGAGAGGAGAGAGACUCAGAGCUCUCAACUCCUACAAGAGAAGGCUGAUCACCACUGCAGCAUGGCCCAGAGGAAGGAGAAAGUAGCAGCAUUGGAAGCUCAAGUGAAACAGCUGGGACUCCAGGCAAUUCAAGAAUGUGAGAAGAUCAUGAGGGAACGGACUGUGAAUCUGCAUCUGCUGCAAAAGGAGCAGGACAGGCUGUGUGCUUUGGAAAGGAAUUAUCUGACAUUAACAGGAAAGAAUUUUCCAACACCCAACAGCAACAUCAAAGAAGGCUUUCUUCACAUCAGCGAAUCAGAUCUUGUUUUGUUGGAGGGUGCUUCUUGUAGCUCAGGUCCCUCCUCUUCCUCCUUGUCCUCCUGUAACCCCUCUUCAGAGCUCUGUAAUGACCCUUUCCCCGUUAGGCUUCAAGAGGAGUACCUCAGGCUCUCUGAUGUCUUUAAGAUGUAUGGAAGUGCCUCUGUGCAAGCUCCCACCUCUCCUGCCACUCUCCAUUGCUUGUCUCUCGCUGUGCCUUGUGAGGAGUACAUAACAGUCAAUCAGCUCAGUCAGAUCUUUGGGCUGCAGAGGCUCGAUCACUUUCCUUCCACUUCUCUCGCAUCAUUCCAGCUCGCCUCCUCUGAGUCUACUUUCACCUGUCACUCAAACACACCUGCUUCCUCCUCCUUUCUCUCCGUCCAGAAUCAUCAUGAACUGCCUCCUAUUAACCUGGAGCGCUGGUACCAGGACAUCAUGGCUGCUGGAGAGCCCCAGUCCUGCCCGCCCCCGCUGCCUGCCAAGUCUUUUUCUGCGCGAAGACAUGCGCAGUUGCAAAAAUCUAAAUCUGAAGAUGAGGUUGCACAUGUCACAUCUAGUUCUCAGAUCAGCAAUGGUGGAACUUCUCAUGACAAAAUGGCCAAGGACUUCCAGUUGGUAUUGAAAGACCUUCCAAAUCCCUUAGAUACAGAGUCGAGGAAAUAUUUGUCUCCUCAGAGCAAAGACCCCUCUUCUUCAGUCCAUCACUCCAUUCUACACCACCAGGCGCCCUCUGUUGGCAGCCAGGCAUUCGACACCCUGAGUCUGGAGAGCUCAGACAGUCUGGAGACCAGUGUGUCUGCUGGUAACUCUGCCUGUUCCCCGGAAAGCGCUCUCGAGGCCCAGAGAAUCGACGAGAUGGAGAGGAUGCUCAGGGAGGCGCAGCAGGAGAAGGCCAGGCUGAUGGAGAACAGAGAGAGGGAGGUGCAGGCGCGAAGGCAGAUUCUGGAGGAGGAGCGCAGGAGGCGGGAGGAGGCGGAGAGACGACUGCAGGACGAGGCAGCCCACAGGAGGAGGCUGGUGGAGGAGGAGGUGAAGAUGAGAGAGAAGCACUUCUCUCAGGUGACUCAAGCAGGCCAAGUUACGGAUCAGAACUGUGGUGAAGCGACUCAGGCUCGUCCCAUGACACGCUAUCUCCCAAACCUGAAGGAGGAGUUUGACCUGCGCGCUCAUGUGGAGUCGUCUGGCCACAACAUCGACACCUGCCCCUUCAUCAUCCUCACCGAGAAAAUGUGCAAAGGUCACCUGGUCAAAAUGGGCGGGAAAAUCAAAUCAUGGAAAAAACGCUGGUUUGUUUUUGACCGCAUCAAGAGGAACUUCUGCUACUAUGCAGACAAGCACGAGACCAAGCUGAAAGGACUAAUCUACUUCCAGGCUAUUGAAGAGGUUUACUAUGAUCACCUGCGCAGUGCCUACAAGAGCCCAAACCCAUGUUUGACCUUCUGUGUGAAGACCCACGACCGCCUCUACUUCAUGGUGGCUCCGUCCCCUGAGGCCAUGCGCAUCUGGAUGGACGUCAUAGUAACGGGCGCAGAGGGCUACACACAGUUUAUGAGCUGAGAGAGAGAGAGAGGCAGACACCUGCGGGCGAAGAUGAACGCGCCGCUCCAGCGCCAAAGGAGCUCAAGGUGAAACCAGCCCAAGGAUGGACAUCUGAGGCUCACACAAAACGCCUGAUGCUCUGCAGCAAAUGAGGGCUUAUGGAGACAAAGGUGCUCUGAAUAAUGCAUAAGUGUAUGUCCCUCCAGUGUCCCUUCAGUGUGACCUGUCAAUAGUCCACACGCAUCUUAAGAUGAACUCAUAAUUUCAGGAAAAACAAAGACAAGAGACAAGAAACAAGAGAAGAUUUUUACUUUACUAGUUACUUAAUAGCAUUUUGUUUACUGCUUUUACUGUUUGCAUGUUGUUCAGAAUUCAUUUUUAUACUAUUUUUACUUAAAGCCUAUGUUUAACUGUAGGCAUAAUUAAUAAUCUCAAAUUCUAUAAUUAUUUAUUAAAAUGUCACUUGGUGCCAAAUAGUUUACAUUAAUAUUUUACAAAGAAAAUAAUAACUUUAUAUAGUUCAUAUUUAAGAUUUUUCUACAUGCAAAUAAAACAGCAAUACAUGUUUGUGUAACUAUUAAAAAGUCACUUUUUGUAAAGGUUUAAAUAAAUCUAUUAAAUAUGUUAUACCAAGUAACAGUAUUGUAAACCACUAUGUAAUAAAAUACAAA